AUGAGCUGGAACGAGGAAUUUCGCUUUCUGAUCUUUACCGAUCAGCCCAUGUCAUACUGGGAAGACGGAGAGAAGAUUCCAAACGUGCAGUUCCGAUACCUGAAUGCUUCAAUGUUUUCGCGACUUGCGAGCAGGAGGACUGCUGUCGAAACAAGGCUGCAGCACGGUUACAAACUCUGUGACUGGCGAAUGGCAUACGGAGAAAUCUUCGCAACAUGGCUCCGGCAAUUUGACUUCUGGGGCUGGGUGGACUUCGACGUGGUGCUUGGCCGCCUGGCCUUUUUUGGCUUCAACUCCUCGGCCCUGGAACGGCGAGACGUUGUUGGGGAGUUUGGAUGGCCUGCACAGGGCCCACUGACACUACUUCGCAAUCGUCCUGACGUGAACCGGCUUUGGAGGAAGCUGCCGGACGUUGCGACAAGGCUUAAGCGGCAUGACAUCCAACGUCUCAACGAGUGGGCGUUUGGACGCCUGCUGUGGAAAUCGUCGCUGGAGCGCCUCCCUCGACCUUUCCCAACACAGCUCUCGGCAUCAUCUCGCCACGGCGACGGUGACAUCAUUUGGUCUGAAGGCCGCCUCUGGCAUUUGCCUUCAUGCGGCGAGGCAGGCUACCUUCACUUCUCACGCUGGAAGGCUGCUUUCGAAGGCAUGACGUCACUGCCAACUGGGCAGGCAGUGCAGCUUGGCCCGCGUGGUGCCAAAGAGCCCACAGAAACUGCUUGGGCAAAGCUGGAGCGCUGUCGGCGAACAGAGGCUGGUGCUCGCUUCGCAUGGGACUGGGACGAGCGUACCCCGGAGACGGCUUUUUUCGCGAGCAAAAGGGGCAGGAACCACCGCAGGAUAAUUCCUCCCUCCACUAAUCAGGCUGCUCAGGAUGCGGUGCUAUCGGCUCUUCCUGCUUGGCUAGCCGUAUAUGGCAAGCUUUGCGAAGGACUUAUGGGCUCCAUGAAGCCUACAAUCGGGAUGAAGAAGGUGAUAUGGCUUUGCAAACUCAACGGAAGCAUCAACAGAACCAGCCACACUUGUACUCGCAAGGCAGUGCAAGUGCGGUCGUCAAGGAACAUGAGCUCCGAAGAUGUCGGAAAGGUGGUGAUGUGCGGGCUGCCCAGAUGUGGGAAGACGUCUAUCAGCAAAGUGGUGUUUCAGAAGCUCUCGCCGCACGAAUCACUUUUCCUCGAAUCUGGCAUCAAGUUGGAGACGUUCACCAUCGUGCACAAUGCUCUUCUGCGUUUGAAGUUGGUGGACUUCCCUGGCAACCUGCUGCUUGAUGACUCUCUCAGCCUUCAUCCCUUGGAUGCAUCCGUUUUCAGCGGGCCCUGUGCGGUCGUGCUCGUGAUUGACGCCCAGCAGGAAGAAGCCUACACGACGAGUGUGACCAGGGCGAGGCGAGUGAUAGAGUUCGCCUGCAAACGAAAUCCGGAUGUCACUUUCGAUGUAUUGCUGCAUAAGGUGGACGGUGCCAAGUUCUACACUGACGGCAGAAAGGAGGAGUGCAAGAAGGCCGUAGAAGAGAAGCUCACCGAAGACAUGUCAGACAAGGAGAAAGCCAGUAUCUCCUUCCACUGCACCAGCAUCUAUGACCACACGGUCUUCGAGGCCUUUAGUCAAGUCGUACAGAAGCUGAUACCAGAGAAGCCUACCCUGGAGAAGUGUUUGGAAGCGCUCAGUCAGAACACCCGGAUGGAGAAGGUCUAUCUCUUUGACGUCGUUUCGAAGCUCUACUUGGCCGCGGACAAGAGCAAUUCGGAGCUCUCCUGGUACGAGCUUUGUGCUGACAUGGUUGAUGUGGUGAUUGACAUCGCUUGCCGCUUCACCGAAGCCAAGGCUGCUUUGGCAAGCGCCUGGAAACAACAUGGGCCGAGCAUUGGAGAGGCGGUGCUGCACCAAGAGGUGGAGGACCUCCGCUGGCGCAUGGGCCUGCCACCUCUGUCCGACUGCUCCAUGGGUCCUAGCGACUGGCUCCUUGGCGCGCCUGAUGCCCAAGCCUGCUUGGGCCGUGAUUGCUCCAGCAUCGACUUCCUCAAAUUUGACACGAGGACGAUUUUUUUCUUCAUCGUGUCGGUGGCCGCAGCUUCUGCUUUGGGAGCUUUCGGCUUGACUUACACAUGGACUCGUACAGAAGAUCAGUCGGAUGAGCUGCCAGAAUGGCCGCAAGGCCCAGCAAGGAACGACGGAGUAUGGACUCUUCAGCCACAAUGGCAAGAGCCGUUAGAGGCUGAUAACCCCCGGACCUACCAUGAGGAUGCAGAGGCAGAGAUUGAAGCGGCGAAUGAAGCCGCGGCAACGGCUCGAGACCCUGACAGUGUGUUCGAAAGUGGGCUGGACAGCUUUCUUGGCGAGGAGUUCGAACCUCUUGCCCUCGCUAGCGAGCAUGUGUCAACGCCAGAGCCGAGCCCACCUCAGAACGCCGCAGUGGUUGGACUUACAGUUGCACCCAUGCACCUGCCCCUGCCGGCUGCAAGUACGCCUCCUUUGCACCCUCAACCAAGUGUUCCCACAGGGGCUUUGCAGAUUCCACUGAAUCGUUUGCUGCCGCCUCUGCCAUUGCCGGACACGAGUGCAGCACGUGCCCGUGCACACAGUGAGGAAUUGGAUUUGGAUGGCAGGGUGCGUUCCUUUCCUGCUACCCCGGAGUGGUCAAACGUUUGGUUCGCUGGGCCCGAGGGGCCCCGGCGUGCGCUGACAGAGUCGCAGCUGAUUCCAAGCAUGGCAUCAGGCUUCCCCGGCUCUGGCGCUACAGCGGCGGGAUGGCCCAGGCAAAUCUCGCACUCGCACAUACACGAGCCAGUUGAGGAGUUGCACGAACGACCCGAAAGGGAGAGUGAGUUGCACCGCGGUGUCAUGAACUCAGUGCAGCAGCUUCUGGAAGACGAAGCCCCAGAAUGGGCUGGGCCGGCCGAUCCGGUUGUACAGAGCUCUCAAUGGGGCUUCUCCUGUCCAGGACGUUGGGCUGAUGCCGUUGCAGAGGAUGUCUACGACCCAGAGACCGCAUGGUUUGAGCCACAGCGAAGCAGUUCCGUUGGCCACGCUGUGGAGCCGAAGCAGCGCUCCAGGAGAAGGUCCAAGAGACACAAGCAGACUGCGCCAGAGCACACGGGGCCCUUGGGUGGUGAGUCGACAGAGUCGACGAUAAGAGUCCUUCAGUUGGAACAGCUACUGAUGCUGGACGAGCGCAUUCCAAGCUUCCAGGAGCCAGCCCCAGCUCCGGUGGGCAAGCAGCCACGCCGAGCCACCUCCCAACCCCCCAUGUCUGCGAAAGCAAAGCCUCAAUCUCGACCACGCCCGCAGAAGGAUCCCAAGGCCAAGGCUCGCGCCCCCCUACAGGCACAAUCUCAGAGGAGGCCCUCCAAGCAAUCCCAGCAGUCACAGCUUGAGACUCAGGGAAGAGAAGCUCAGCGCCGACCCGGCAAUCCCAAAGCCAGCAAAGCCGAUGGCUGGCGGCCGGGUCGAGAGUCCGAGUGGUCAAGGCAUGUCACACAUGCCCGGUCCCCUGAGGGUCCCAACCCAGAGGCUGUGCCCCAAGAUCUCGCAGCCCUGGCACCAGAACAUGUCGGACAAGAGCGGCCACAAGCAAGGCCCAACAGCGAAGCUCGAGGCUCGCGUUCGCAUCCAAUUCGAAAUCAGGUAGACAGCCGGAGGCGUCCCCGUUCAAGGCCAAAGAUGCCGACGUUGAGCGCGCUGCCACAGCGCAGCGGCCGAGCUUGGCGUGCAGGGCGCCGGUCCUCCGAGUCAGACCCAGCCGCAGGCUUGGAGGACAACAAGGAUGCUGGAUGCGAAUUCCAGUUGCACAACGGCGCCGUCCUGGUCCUGAGGGAGGUCGGCCACUGCUUGGCACUGGUUUGUGUCUUCCAAGGAGAUGAUGCCUGCUUCGAUCGCCAAGAGCUGUUGGAGCAUAACGUGGAGGUCUUCAAGGAGGCAUUGAAUAAAAUCUGCCCGGUGCAUCUUCCAAAGCCGCGACCUCAGCUCGCAGCAUUGACAUUCGGAAGCUGCGGGGUUGGCGCUAAACCGGCCGCUGCACCGCGAGGCCAGGCCUGGGAGCCGCAAGGACACGACAACUGGGAAGCUUCCGUGCGGGUGCGCUGCGCCUUCACGGCCCUGCAGGCGGUCACCAGCCUUUGCCGCUUCCCAGACCUCGAGGUCACCAUGUCUGAGUCCAUCGAGGGCUUGCUGAGACCAGCAUGUCUUCUGGUGCAAAGCCUGCAUCCGGCCUACGAGCAGGCUGUGAUUCUGGCAGACGACGGGGGCAAGAGCGAGGAGGAGGGUGGCGUGGCUCCCUUCGUGGCUCAGACAAUGGAGCUCAUCCAGGCCAUGGCUGUCCGAGUCAAGCUGAAGCCGCUCCUGAAAAACAAGUUGAAAAACUUGCUUCAGCUCUUGGUGCCCUUCAUGCGCAUCACGGAGAAUCAGGCAGCCUCCUGGCGAGCUGACCCAAACGAGUUCCUGGUGCAGGAGGAGGACGAGCAUUGCAGGGGCUGCACCAUACGCGUCUCUGGUGAAGGGCUGGUGGGCCAAAUGCUUGACAGCUUUAAGCGCGAAGCCUCGCGCGCUGUGGCGGCGCUCGCCACGGAUGUGUUGGAGCGCGGCGAAGCUGGGCGCAGCUCAGGCGAUGCCGCUGCUUGGAAGCUGACGGAGGUUGGCUUGUUCGUGUUCAGCAUAGCGGUCGGCGAGGCGACGGUGAAGUCGCUGCAGCGGAGUGAGUUGGGCCCCUUGGUUCCCAACACCUUGCAGCUGGCUGCAAGGCUCUGUGCUGACCGGAACGCUUCGGAGUUUUUGCGCGCUCGCGCAUUCUCGCACUUACAUCGGCUGGGCGACAUCUUUGUGCUCAGCCGCUGCAGUCGUAUUGCUGGGUGCUCGAGCCUGGGUCAGUCCAUCGUGGCCAAAGCAGACCAAGCUCUCGGCAGCAAAGCUGCAGAUGCUGCAGAGGGAGCUUCCCUGCCGCAGGACUCGCCUUGGGACGCUCUGCGGCAGUCCGAGGCUCUCUACGGAGAAGCCGGCAGUACCUGGCGUGUUGAGGAGGCCGGGCGGAUCCUCAACAGCAAUGCCUUGGAGACUUUGCAAACCUGGUUCCAGCCAGCAGCAGAGGGGUUGGACUCGGAAACCUCGGACGGAGUGGACGAUGCCUUGGCUGGUCUGCUGAAGGAUGAAGUGCCUUACGUUGUGGAGUUUCUGUCAGACAAGCAAUUCCCGGGGCCAAUCUGCCGGGCCUUUUGGCAGUCUGAGCUGUACCUGCGUGAUUUUCAGCAGGUGGCGGGCCAAGCGCCACUGGAGGAGUUCACCCAGACGGCGAAGCACGUCACCGAUAAGAUGGAGGACGUGAUCCAAGAUGGCUCCGAGAUGCCACAGGCCCUUGAUCGCCUGGUGACACGUCAGCAGUUUGGAGCUGCCGCUCGCUUCGGAUACUUCCUCCGGCGAGCCAAGCAGCGCUUGCGGCUGGAGUCCAUCAUGACAGGGCCCGUCGGGACUCUCGAAACCUACGUGGCGGAAAUGUCGGCGCAACAGCAGGUGGAGCUCGUGCGUGCGGCCAGCCGCGAAGCUUCUUCGGCCAUCGUUGUCCGCGCGACGGCCCUUUUCGGCAAAGCCUCCGAACUUCUUCGUGGGGUCGCGGUCGGCGAGGUCUCGCCGCUGCCGUUGUCGUCGGAGGGACGUGUCAGGCUUGCCGUCGAAGCUGUGGCAUUCGGGGCAUCCCUCUUCGAUGCUGAGGACUGUCUCAGGCCUGGGACGCUACGGCGCAUGCAUUGCUGGGCACGCAUUGUGCUCAUGCUGUGUAUCGAUUACGUCACUGCGGAUUUUGCCAAGACUUCGAUGGAAGCGUUUGGCCGUGCAGGCAGCGUUUCGCUGGACUCCGAAAUCUCGGACGGAUCUGGUGAAGCCAACGAGUCGGCGUCACCGAAUGUCUCAACCUCAACCACAAGAACGACCACCAGCACUGUACCCUCAACCUCAACCUCCACAACUUCCACGUCCACACUGUGGCAGGCCACGGCCAUGUCAACUUCGUCCAGCACCACAUCAGCCACGCGGCAGGCUGCGGCCACAUCCACGACGAACACCACAGCGACAAGCACGCAUACUCGAACAGUUAGCAGCACAUCGACAUACUCAACGAGCACAACCUUGGACAGGAACACAACGUCGACUUACACCACAAACACCUCCACGACCUCUAGAACGACCUCAACGGCCACAUUGUCAACCCUCAGCACAACGACGACAACAACAACGGUCCAUGUCGUCACGCUCACGGGCGUGAUCCUAACCCAAGUGUCAACUCCUUCUCGGUUUCUAUCCGAUGCGCAGGUGCCACUGGCCCUGGCACGGGCAAUGGCCACGCUAACUCAGGCCAGGAGUGCCCGCAGACUCCACGCACAUCUUGCUGAACGUGGUGGAUGCCAGGCGGCUGUCAAGCUGCUGCAUGCAGAUGCUGAGUUUGUUAAGCACCGCAGAACCGUGUAG